AUGGCCAUUCGCCUUCCUUUGAAAAUAUACACCUGUAUAUUCAAGCAUCUGCUUGCCGAUGAGAGGGAUGGUCGCAAACAUGCAUUCAAGCUGCGGCUGGUCUCAAAGACUAUCCGAGCUAUCAUUGACCCUCUACUAGACAGGCAACUCGGGUCUCCAUCAGAUCGUGCGGUGGAGAUCCUCUGCCACAGAAUGAUCGCACAGCCUGGUCUCGGUGCUCGAGUUGAGCAGAUUUGCCUAGAAGAGGACGAAGGGGCGGAAAACUCGGAAGACGAGUUCGAAGACGAGUUCGAAGACGAGUUCGAAGACGAAGACGAAGACGAAGAUGAAGAGGAAGACGAAUCGGAAGACGAGGACGAAGACGACCCGGGUUCAGAUUCCAAUUUAAAGGCAGAGGCUCGACGGAAGGCUAAAAGGGACCGAGAUGUAAUAAUUGCAGCCGCAGAAGCCAUCAAACGCGCAUUCGAGUCCGAUCCAGCCUCGAGGUAUUCCCAGGCCCUGGAGAAGAACGAUCUGAAUUGGCUCACGAGAUCGACUCUGAAGACCCGAAAAUGGAUUCUGCUCUUCCAGCUCUCAAACCUCAAGUCGCUCGCCCUGACGGCCCGCACGGAUAAGUUUACCAACAUGGCCUUGUUUCUCCGGCUGCCCUACCUGGAAGAACUGGACUUUGCUGUGCUGGCCCCCGGUGUGGAUAGUGACGCCCACAGAGCGAUCGACUAUGUUCCCCCAAUAGAGAUAUUGGAAACAAUAAUCAGCUCUACCAGCCGGCUGAGGUCUCUCAGGUUCGAGGACAUGAGCGGAACGGGCUUCAGGCCCGUCCUCCAUGACGCGCCUAAACUGAAGCGGAUCCUAGAGCAACACGCCGCCGCGACCCUAACAUAUCUCUCCAUCUGUCUGACGAAUAACGACGAAAAGGAUUGGCGCAAGGAACAGGAAUUCAGUAACAUCAAGGGCUACUUUGGCUCAAUGAAAAGUUUCACGAGACUGCAAGGGCUGGUCAUGCAGCUGGAGGUCUUACUCGGGACGCCCUCGGAUGGACUGCAACUGAAAGAUGUCCUGCCCACGCAAUUGCAGUACUUUACGGGCUUGAAUCUUCCUGACCUACAUGGGGCGGAGGACUCGGAUAGACUUUGGGAGGACAACGAUUAUUUGCUGCAGUUUCAGGACCUAGCGGAGGCAGCGAGAGACGGGCAGCAUCUGCCCUGGUUAAAGUCGGUCAAGAUGCAUCUGAAGAGGAAGGACUAUUUUAGUGUCUAUGACAACUGGCCUAAAAAAGGACAAUUUACGGAUUUUUUCUUGUGUGAACACGACCCGCGAAUUGACUUUCGCUUACUGGCUGAAUCGCGAAUUUACUUUGGCUGGGUGAGUGGCCCCUACGCCGAUGACGGGCCAGGGCCGGAUUAG